GUUUGAUUUGCUUCCCUAAUUGACCUAAAUAAGGCUCCUGACUGACAGGCACUUGGGGGCCCCCGGGCACUCAGCACUGAGGCAGAGGACUCAUCUCAUCGGGAGUCAUUCUCCUUAUUUCCCUUCAAUAAUCCAAUUUGUUUCUCAAGCUCAACCAAUCGGAGAAUUCAGCAGAGAAGCGUUUCUGUUGCGGCAGGGGCUAUUAUUUUCUUGUGUUGCCUUCUCCUAUGUGUCUGAGCUGGGGUCAGGACUGGCAGGAGGCUUCUUCCCUUCUCCUUGCAGGCAGCAAUGUGAAAUGAUUGCCUUCAGCCUCCCUGAUCUUCUCCUGUAGAGCAUCUCGCCCAGCUUUACCCACCACCAUUGGGCAUUGCCACCCUCUCCUCCCUUCGACACCAUCACUGGAGACCUCAGCCAAGAUGCCUGAUGACUCCAAGGAGAACCAGAGCUCGACCCCAGCCAGGGUGUCCUCCUUCUUCAUCGAGAACCUGCUGGGCACCGAGGCUAAAGAAGACAAGAAGAAGAAGACCUCAAGCCCAGAAGAAGACCUGACGGUGCGGCCGGCAGGAAGCCAUUUCACUGCAGUGUGCUGCCAGCUCUCCCCUUAUCGCUACAGCUCCCAGGGCAGCCACCCUCUGAGGGACAACCCCAUGGAGUGGUACAGGAGGGCCCAGGCCACCUACAUAGGGUGCACCAGUCCGGAAACUAGUGACAGAGAUUCUCCGGAGAUCUCAGAAGGUUCAGAGAGGCAAUGUAGGACCUACAGAAAACAGCACAGUCAUGGACCAGAAGACAAAAGAGACGAGGGCUUCCAGUGUAAAGAAGAGGAGAAACUGGAGCAGGACUUAGACCAAAAAUCCUCCAGAAAGAAGAAAACCCGCACUGUCUUCAGCAGGAGUCAGGUCUUCCAGCUGGAGUCCACCUUUGAUGUGAAGAGGUAUCUGAGCAGCUCUGAGAGAGCAGGGCUGGCAGCCUCCCUCCACCUCACAGAGACCCAGGUCAAAAUCUGGUUCCAGAACCGCAGGAAUAAAUGGAAAAGACAGCUUGCUGCAGACCUGGAGGCUGCAAACAUGUCCCACACAACCCAAAGGAUAGUAAGGGUCCCUAUAUUGUACCAUGAGAACUCUCCUGCCAGCAGCUUGGGCUUCAGCCUACCACAUAUCUCCCCACCAAUGGUAGGCUUCUCCAGUGCUGUCAACUACCCCCUUGCCACUUUCCCCAACUCAGUGCCCUUUAUAAGAUCUCAGAUGACUGGACUUGUCUGAUUUGAGAUCUUCUAAAGACUAUUGGACUUUUUAUCCUAUUUUGUAUUAACUGCAUAUCUGCUCCUUACAUAUGACUUGAUUGUAUGCAUUGGAAUUGAGAAGGUGCAAUAACGUUAACCUGGGGCUUCACUGACAAC